ACCUGGACCCACCUGGGUCUCCCACAUGGGUGGCAGGGGCCCAAGCACUUGGGAUGUGGUCCACUGCCUUCCCAGGCGUGGUAGUUGGGAGCUGGAUCGGAAGUGGAGCAGCCUAGGUUCAAACAGGAGCUCCAAUAUGGGAUGCCAGAGUUGCCCUGGUGGCUUAACCCCCCGUAUUCAGUGUCUAACUCGCCUGAACUUUUGGGGGACACAUCCCAGCCAUGGCAAUGCAUCCACCUCACUGUGCAACCAACCGAUCCCUGAACAUUUCCAAUUGGUGUAAAACUGAAACUAUGAGUAUUGACCAAGUCCCCAUUUCUGCUUCUCCCCAGCCUCUGACUACCACUCGGGUACUUUCUGUUUCUACAAACUUGGCUUCUCCAGACAGCCCCUGUCCGAAGGGUCGUACAGUAUUUCUCCCUCUGCGACUGCCUUAUUUCACUUGGCACAAUGUCCUUGGAGUCCAUCCCUGUGCCAGCACGUGUUAGAAUUUCCUUCCUUUUUGAGGCCAAAUACUAUUCCACUGGGCCUAGAGGCCACAUUUUCCUUGUCCAUUUAUCCAAAGGGAGGCACCAGCUGCUGUCACCUCUUGGCUACGGUGCAUAAUCUGCUAUGGACAUGACGUCCAAAUACGGCGAGUGAUCUUCAGGUUACCGUGAGCGUGGUUCGUCAAAGGCCAGUAGUGGACGCAGGAAGGCCGGAGUGGACCUGCUGGCUCUCAGGUUCACGCUUAUGGUCAAGGCCCACCUGGCUUCAGAAGUCCUCCUGUCUUUCCUGCGCCCGCCACGUUCUCUUAGUCGGGAACACCAGCCGUCUCUGCGGGUUUCUCUCCCUGUCGGGGCCGUGAGGGUCGCCGGGGCGACUCCAGCCCUGAGCGACCGCAGCGGCUUCCGGAGAGCAGGGGCGAUGGAGCUUGCGGCCCAAGGGGCUUUUGGGGGAAAAGCGUGUUUGACUUUCUAUUCCCGGCAGCGCGAGGCCAAACGUCUACGCUUUUGAAGACGGAUGAAAGCGUUUCUGUGCACGACGCUAGAAUCUGUGAGGCCUUUUCUUUCUUCCUCUUUGAAAAACAGGAGCCCACAGCAAAACCCGGAUGACUUGGCCCGGGAAAGGAAUGCAAGGCGAGGGGCAAGGGCUCACCGCGGCGGGGCCCGGGGACCCGCAACCGGCGCGGAGACGGACGGCGGCGCCCGCGGGACCCCAGCGCUGGAAGGGGACGCCGAGGGUCCGAGGGUCGCGGCCUCGGAUCGGCGUCUCGGGCCCCGCGCUGGACAGGGUCAGGACAGGAGUUUGGAGAGAAGCGGAGCCCAGCCAGGAGGCGCCCACCGCGUCGCUGGCCGCCGCGCCCCAGACAUUCCGCUCCCGCCGCUGGAAUGCGCGGCCCGGGCUCCCCGGGCGCCGCGGGCGGGCAGGGGCGGGGCGCCGGGGCGGGGCCCCCGGCCGCGGGACCUUUAAAUUGGCCGCCUCUGCACGCGCCCCAGGCCUGCGCCUGCCCCUGCCCCAAGCUGAGCCCAUCAUGCGGCUCCCGCGCCUCCUCCUGGUGCUACGGCCGCUGCCGCUGCUGCUGCUGCUGCUGCUGCUGCUGCCGUCCCCCACCACCCCGGGCCCCCUGGCCCACCCGGUCUCCCGGCGGCUGGGGACCCGCGGCCCCGGGGGCAGCCCUGCACCCGCGGCGUCCACUCGUGCGCCCUACUCCGCAGGUGUUUGCAAGAGCAGGCCGCUGGACUUGGUCUUUAUCAUCGACAGUUCUCGGAGUGUACGGCCUCUGGAGUUCACCAAGGUGAAAACCUUUGUCUCUCGGAUCAUCGACACGCUGGACAUCGGGGCGGCCGGCACGCGGGUGGCCGUGGUGAACUACGCGAGCACCGUGAAGAUAGAGUUCCAGCUCCAGACCUACUCGGACAAGCAGUCCCUGAAGCAGGCCGUGGCGCGGAUCACACCCUUGUCUACAGGCACCAUGUCGGGGCUGGCCAUCCAGACAGCCAUGGAGGAGGUCUUCACGGUGGAGGCGGGAGCCCGGGGGCCUGCUUCCAACAUCCCUAAGGUGGCCAUCAUCGUGACAGACGGGCGGCCCCAGGACCAGGUGAAUGAGGUGGCGGCUCGGGCCCGGGCAUCCGGCAUUGAGCUCUAUGCUGUGGGUGUGGACCGGGCAGACAAGGAGUCCCUCCAGAUGAUGGCCAGCGAUCCCCUGGACGAGCACGUGUUGUACGUGGAGACUUACGGGGUCAUCGAGAAACUGUCCUCCAGGUUCCAGGAAACCUUCUGUGCUGUGGACCCGUGUGUGCUUGGCACGCACCAGUGCCAGCACGUGUGCAUCAGUGAUGGGGACGGCAGGCACCACUGCGAGUGUAGCCAAGGAUACACCUUGAACGCCGACAAGAGAACGUGUUCAGCUGUGGACCCAUGUGUGCUUGGCACGCACCAGUGCCAGCACGUGUGCAUCAGUGAUGGGGACGGCAGGCACCACUGCGAGUGUAGCCAAGGAUACACCUUGAACGCCGACAAGAGAACGUGUUCAGCUAUCAAUAAGUGCGCUCUUAACACUCAUGGAUGUGAACACAUCUGUGUGAAUGACAGAACUGGCUCUUACCAUUGCGAGUGCUACAAUGGUUACACCUUGAAUGAAGACAGAAAAACCUGCUCAGCUCAAGAUAAAUGUGCUUCUGGCACCCAUGGGUGCCAGCACCUUUGUGUGAACGACAGAGACGGCUCCCAUCACUGUGAAUGCUAUGAGGGCUACACGCUGAAUGCAGAUAAAAAGACGUGUUCAGUGCGUGACAAGUGUGCUCUGGGCACCCACGGCUGCCAGCACGUGUGCGUGAGCGACGGGACGGCGUCCUACCACUGUGAUUGCUUUCCUGGCUACUCCCUGAAUGAGGACAGGAAGACGUGUUCAGCCGUUGAAGAAGCACGGAGACUGAUUUCCACUGAAGAUGUCUGUGGAUGUGAAGCCACAGUGGCUUUCCAGGAGAAGGUUAGCUCGUAUCUUCAGAGACUCAACACCAAACUUGAUGACAUCUUGGAGAAGCUGCAAGUAAAUUAAUACGGACAAAUACAUCGCUAACUUGCUCAAAAUUUUCACCCAGCAGUGUGGAGAGCGUGGCGUACUUAAUACUCAUUCUUUUGCACACUUGUAUCUUCAGUGUUCCUGCUAAUAAUUUCCCUUCAUAAAUGCUUGAAAACUACUGGGUAAAUAGUAUGAGGAUCUUCUGAAAACCAGUAUCAUUUUUCCAAGGAAGUAAAGCUCCUCAUUAAGAGCAAACUUUAGUGUCUCUGAGCUACAACUGUGAAGUGUUUGGUGGGAAAGAGAAGAAAAAGUUUACUCUCUUUCUUUAUCUACUAAUUGAGCCAUUUAAUUUUAAAUGUUUAUAUUAGUAAGAUAAACAUGUUCACGAUGGAGACUUUAGAUCUACUCUUGACAGUAUAUAUAAUAUAAACCAGUUUUAUUACUGAGAGUGCAAAUUGUAUGCAUAAAAAAGUUCAUAUAAUUGAGAUAAGUACAAUUUAGAAAUGUUUCUUUGAACACUUUUUGGCCUUUGCUGAAGUAUCAUUGAAGUUGUGAGCAAGGGAUUGUAAUUCAUAUAUCUAAAAUGGGAUAACAGAUCAAGUGAACAUUACAUGACAUUUCUGAUUCAUUCUGGUCUUCAAAAUGCACAAACAGCAACAGAUGUGAAUUUAGGAUGUUAAGCUUUUUACCAAGGACAAAAAAAUAAAAAUUUAUCAUUGUGCUUCAAUUGAUAAAAUUAUAUAUUUAUAAAGUUGAUAUAACAAGCAACAAAAUCUAACGUUGCUUUUUAAUGUCAGCGAUACACCUUUUUCACUUAUAUAUUUGAAACCUGUAACUUUUAGAACAAAACAGUCCUUUAAAUUGUGUUCUUGGUUUGUACUGUCUUUAAUAAAAGUUAUUGUCUUUAUA